CCCACCAAGAGAUGGGUUCAUUUUGCUCACAAAAAACACACACAUUUUUGUUUCCAUUUUUUGUUUUCUUCUUCUUCUUCUCUUCUCUUCACUUCUUUUUCCUAUUUUAAUGACAUUUUCAACAUAAAACUGGACUAAGUAAACUUUUGACUGUAAAACAUUGGAUUCUACCUGAGCUUUAGUUGUAAGGCUUAAAUUUGUAACUCAUCUUGAUCGGUAAUCUGGAUUCUAAAAAUGGUAACAACGCUUUUACUUUCAUAGAUUAGCCAAUUGAGCGCAUUCAGUCCAUCAAUAGUUCAUUGUUAUUGCCGAAACUAAUCAGUUUUAGUGUCAACUUUCGUUUUUUAUUUCAUCUGAAAGGAAAAAAGAAAGUGAAAUUGGUCUAAAUUUAAACUUUUUUACAAUCAACAGGGCGAAAGUAAAAGUCUAAGAUAGCAAAUGUCAUAAUCAUCAUUAUAAUCAUGUCUUGAAAGUGACCUGCGUUCAAUGAGACGAGCAAGGCGAAGAGAGGAGAGACAGAGGAGGAUGGUUGGAGAAAGAUGAGGAAAGAUGACAAACAGUAAAAACUCCUCCUUUAAAGGCGUCAACUUGCAUUUCAAGUGUUAGUUGAAUGAAAGGUGCUCCAGAUUGAAUGUGCAGUUUGUGUCUAUAGCUGAAGGUCUAAACAUCAAGUCAAGUCUCAACAUGAUUGUCCAAGAAUCUCAUCUAUAUUUUCAUGGAAACCAACAUGAAUCAUCCGAAAUUCAACUUCCAAAUUCAACAACUAAUUUCCAUUCUGAAUGUGCUUCUCCAUUGGAUUUUACUCAACAAAAUAUUACACCAACAGCAACAUCAAUAGCAAAUACAACAACAUCAACCGAAAACAAAUCAACAAAUUGUAAUAAAUUGACUUCUUUUAAAAUUGAGGAUUUACUCGGAAUUUCAUCUAAAAAUUUAAAAAACACAUUGAAACGAAAAAGAGUUAGAACUAUUUUCACCCAAUUCCAACUGGAUGUUUUAGAGACAGUUUUCAAAACUAAUCAAUACAUGGUUGGACGAGAGAGAAAGAUAUUGGCAAGUCAACUAGGAUUAACUGAUGGACAGAUCAAAGUUUGGUUUCAAAAUCGAAGGAUUAAGUCAAGAAAAACGUCGAGUUCACCAAAAUUUAAUUUAGUUUAAUUUCAUUGAUUGAGUUUGUUUCAAAAUGAUUUCCAUUUUCAACUUAUCUCUUGUUUCAUAUCCUUUUUUGUAUAUAAUUUCAAUUGUUUGCUCUGAACAACAAAAAGCCUCUUAACU